UUCUUCUCACUACUGAAGAAUGCUUGCACCCAACGCCAGAUUCAACUGAACCCAACGACAUUCUUCAUAGAUUACGAAUCUGCUGUACAGAAUUCUGCCAGAUCAUCUUUUCCGGGAAUUACUAUCAAAGGCUGUUUUUUCCACUUUACACAAUGUAUUUGGCGUAAAGUGCAAUCAACAGGGCUCGUCACAAACUACAAAGGGGAACCAGACAUCCACCAACUGAUACGCAGGGCGGCAGUUCUCCCACUCGUACCAACAGCAGAAGUAGAAGAAGUCUGGUUUCAUGCACUAGAAGAGUUAGAAAACUCAGACUCAACUGCAAAUACUACCCCUUUUACAGAUUACGUCACUACUUACUGGGUUGAAGCAAACAGACAGCUGUGGAAUCACUACCAAACAGAAGGACCAAGAACAACAAACCUCCUAGAAGGUUGGCACAGCGGCUUGAAGAAAAUGAUCCAAGUACCACACCCAAAUAUCUACACACUACUCAACUACCUCAAAGAAGAACAGGCAUUUAACGAGAUAACUCUUAUCCAGUACCAUGCCGGGGGAGUAAGACCUACAAAAAGAAGGAAAUAUACCCAACUCAACCAGCGCCUUCAACAACAGAAAGAUCAACUACAGAAUGGUGAUAUUACUGUAUUUCAGUUUGCAGACACUGCCUCCUAUUUGUUACAUUUGGACUAGAUUUGUUUAAUGAUAUUUUGUGCUAUGUAUGAUUAAGCUGUAAUGGUAUAUUUAUGUAUUGUGUAUGCUUUAUUGUUGAACCUUCUACAAUAUGUGUGCUUUAUAUUAUCAAUUGUGUUCUAAAAUGCUUGAUUGAAACCCAUU